AUGAGUUUAUUAAAUCCAAAUAGGAUUUCAAGUGAUAUUAUUUUAUCGAAAUAUUUUAAUCAACCUAAUGUAACUUUAGGAAGCGGUACAUUAUUCUCAAAUUAUAAUGAUGAUUUAAAUAAAAUAAAUAGACAUGUAACAUUAAAAAUUGAUGUAUCGCAUACAAAUCAUAGUUAUAUAAUUGGUCGUUAUGGUUGGAAUAUUAAAACAAUCAUGAUGAUUACUCAAUGUCGUAUACAUUUUCCAGAUUCAAAUCGUAAUAGUUCAAUAAUUAAAAGUAAUCAAGUUUCAAUAUCUGGUCAGUUGGAGAAUGUCGAGAAAGCUAGAAGAAUAAUUCGAGACAUUCUUCCAAUUACAUUUACAUUUGAAAUACCUUAUUUAAACAAUGAAAAUUUACGUACAAAUCAGAAUUCACCGGUUAUUCAACAAAUCCAAAAUGUUUAUGAUGUUGAAAUUAUAUUUCGUAAUCAUUAUACAUUAACACCUUAUAGUAAGACAACUGUCAGUGUUAAAGGAUUAACAAUCAAUGCAAAAAAGACUAAAAGUGUUGUACAUAUGUUAAUUAAGAAAUACUUUACUCAGAAUAUGGAUUCUAUACCAGUAAACAUGUAUAUGAGCAUGGAUACAAAAUAUUCUUCAAUGUUAAAUAGUCAAAGUUCAUCAGAAAAUUUAAUUAAAUUAAUUUAUGAAACAACUGGUGCAAAUAUUAAUUUUAUCUCUUCUACUACAUCAGUGAAAAAUUCUUAUUUAUCACCAUCAUCAUCAUCAUCAGUAUCACAAACAAUUUUAUUACAUAAUCAAUUCAAUUCUAUUGAUUAUUUUUCUAAUUUUUCAAAUAUAAAUCAACAUUUAACAUUGAAUAAAUUAAAUUUAAAUAAUCAUUUAUUCAAUCAAUAUAUCAAUAGGAAAUUAAAUCAUAUUCAUAUAUAUGGUAAUGUAGAUAAUGUAUUUUUAGCUAGACAAUUGAUAACAAAUUUAUUACCUGUUGUAUUAAUAUUCGAUGUGGAUAUAUUACAAGGUGAAUGGCUUGAAAAUUUCAAUCUUACUAAUUUAUGCAAAUAUUAUGAAGUGAAUUUAACUAUUCGAAAUAAACCAAAAGAUUUAGUCAAGUCUGUUGUAAUCAAGACCAGGGAGAAAAACAUUCGUUCACUUUAUAUAAUGUGGGAAUUGAUACAAGAGUUGCUUUCACAAUUUACAAAAAACACCAUCUGUAAAAUCAAUAAUUCUAGUUGCUUAAACUCAUCAAUUCACAAUAUUCAAACGCAAAGGUUAUGGCCGGACGAUCUUAGACUAAAUGAGGAAUCUACAAAGAUUCUAUCUUCUACAAAUAAAGGAAAAUUACAUGGUGACAAAGAAGACAAUAAACUAGAUAGAGAAGAGAUAGUAUUAAAAUACAAAACAUCAUUUUCAACAAGUACAUCAUCAAGCCCACCGCAAUCGUCUUCAUUAUUUCAUCAUGAUCCAUCAGUUAAAGUGAAUCUAAUAAAUAGAGAUAAUCAUUUACAUUUGAUGGGUUACGAAUCAAAUACAGAACUCUUACCAUCGUUUGAACACAAUGGUGUAUGGAAUAAAUGUGGAAAUUUUGAAGAAAAUAUUGAUUUUUAUGCACAUAAAAAAUUCAUUGAAGAAAAUAAUGGAAACUCUUAAAAAAAAACCAAAUCUAGCUGUUUACCAUUGAUGUUUAUAUUGUUCUGAUGUAGAUGACAAAGCGACAUAAAUUUAAUGAACAAUUUUAAUAGUUCU